AAAUAUAACUUUCGUCUAUAUUCGUGUUUACUUUACGCAUGACAAGUAUUUACGUAGCGGUGUGAAAUAAAGUCAUAUUUCUUUGGAUGGCAAUAGUUUAAAUCAAAGUAGGACGUGUACUUUGAAGAUUAUAUAAAUAUAGAUAGUAUAACAAGUAUAACACUGUAGCAGUUUUAAGACAGAUACGUUGAUAUGUAAAUACAUGGCCUGAAAGAAUGCUGGUGAAGUGGUCAAUUUAUUUUAUUCAUCAAUGAUAUGUAAAUUAGAUCAACAAUCAUGACAGAUGGGCAUUUACAGAAAGAUAACGGAGUCUGGCACACGAACUCGGAGGUGUCGGAUUUACCGUCUAUAAACUACGAUGCGUACGGUGAAGAAGAGGUUUUAGAUGAACUCCAAGGACCUCGGAGCUGGGUGGUUCCCGCAAUUGCCAGUACAGUUUUCUGCUUUUUACCCACAGGAUUAAUUGCACUAUAUUAUGCUAGAAAAGCACAGAGAGCUUACGAAACAGGUGACUUUCAUUCAUGGACACGGUAUAGAGGGCGUGCUCGUUUCCUCAUAUUUGUUACUUGUGUUCUCGGUAUAUUGGUUUAUAUUGUUAUCAUCGCUAUUGUGCAAGGAAUUAAACACACGAGUUCCACGUGAUAAAAUCACGUGCUUUUAGUUUCCCUGUAUUCCGCUGCAUCAAGCAAUUCUGUACAAGGAAUAGAUUAUACCAGUAUUCUGUGAUAAAGUCACGUGUUCUCUUCUGAUUGUCUGUUAUUCAACUGCAAUAAUUAAUUUUGUGCAAGGAGUAAAACAUACAUGAGUUUAACAUAAUAAAAUAAAACGUCCUUAGCUGUUUUGUAGUCAACAGCAACGGUCGCUUUUAUGCAGGAAGUGGUGCAUGUGAGUACCUAGUGAUCAAAUCACGUGUUCCUGAUUCGAUUACCGAAACAUACAAGUACCACGUUAUAUAAUCAUGUGGUCUUAAAGUGAUUGUGCUGUCUUGUGCGGUGAAAAAGUGAAUAGGUUACAAGUACGUUAUUAUAUACAAAUUAUUUCAUAAAGUACCAAAAGAUGUAUCAGUUUCUGUGUUAGAUUAAUAUAAUUAACAUUAAUCAAUAACGGUAGAAACACGCGAUCAUUGUUGAUGUAAUGUGUUCUUCUACAUUUAUAGUCUCAGAUAUGCAUUGAAGUUUAUCUUACUUGUGUCAGACCUGCAAAAUACCA